GAGUCAACGGUGAAUAGAUUCAACUAUCAGGAAAGCGAUGGUCCACAUGACUCGCUGCAGGAUCUACUGCUCUGUGGGUUCUAUGUGUGAAUUUACCAAGUACCCGUUGUAGAGUUUCUUCUUUGCAGCAACAAAGCUGUGGCUGCACCAUAAGCUAACUCUGCUCAUUUAGACUGUCACGAUGGCAGAAAGCUUUUUAAUGGAGGUGUGUGUCGACUCCGUGGAGUCUGCUAUCAAUGCUGAACGUGGAGGUUGGUGCAGGCCGUCUUGAACUCUGUUCCAGUCUUCUGGAAGGAGGACUCACUCCCAGUCUUGGUCUUCUACACAUAGUGAAACUGUAUGUCAAGAUUCCAAUUUAUGUGAUGAUUCGACCUCGCGGAGGGGAUUUUCUGUACUCGGAUCUAGAAGUGGAGGUGAUGAGGAAAGACAUAGAGUUAAUGAAAAACCAAGGAGCAGAUGGAUUUGUGCUGGGAGCCCUCACAGAGGAUGGACGGGUAGACACAGAGCUCUGCAUGGAUUUACUGGCGACUGCUCGUCCUCUGCCUGUCACUUUCCACAGGGCCUUCGACAUGGUUCACGACCCAGCGGUUGCUCUGGAGGCUCUGGUAACGCUGGGGUUUGAGCGUGUAUUGACAAGCGGCUGCGACAGCUCAGCUUUGGAAGGACUUCCUCUCAUCAAAAGGCUCAUUGAUCAAGCUAAAGGGAGAAUCACCAUCAUGCCAGGAGGAGGUAUCACAGAAAGGAACCUGCAGAGAAUACUGGAAGGGUCAGGAGCUCAAGAGUUUCACUGUUCGGCCCGCUCCAGUAAGGACUCUGCUAUGAAGUUCAGGAACACCUGUGUGAUGAUGGGAGCUGCUUUCUCAGCGCCUGAAUAUGGCCUCAAGGUGGCAGAUGUGAGCAAAGUGCGUUCUCUGAAUGCAAUAGCCAAAAACACCUUAUGAACCUACACUUGACUAUCAUGUUACCUCAUAGGAAAUCACUGUGUCGAUGUCGUGAGUUACAAUUCUCUUCAGCAAAUCUGCAGAAAAAUAGUGUUUCUGAUGUUGGACCUCAGGGGCAGAGCAGUCUGUAGAAGUAUCACAGAGCCGAGGGUGUGAAUAAUUGACGUGUCCUAUUGUGCAGACCUAGAAAGCCUUUCGCUAACGCCUGUGAAAGAAAAUAGUUGGUAUUUGUACAUGUGUAAAAGGUAGUUUAUGUGUACUUUGCUCUGUAAAUGUGUUCCUGCCUUUAUAUACAGUAUGUAAUUCUGAGCUCAGGGUAAAGAGAGAGAAAAAAAAACAAAACAAACAAACCAAAAUAAACAAUUAUCCUCAAUGUCAGGUAUUUGAAGGCCACUAGUUAACUUGUGGUAUGACAAACACUUCAGAUUAUGAAGGUACUCAUGAAUUAAAAGGUAACUGAAAAUAUAAAGUACACUUUUUUUGUCUAAAAAGGAUGAGAAAAGGAGUAGAACCCCAAAACACUGUCAGACCGCAAAAUACUGACAAUACAAUAGUUGGAAUACAUCUCAAAGAUUUCCUUACACAUUCACUGCUUUCUCUCUCUCUCUCUCUUUUUUUUUUUUGAUAAUGUUAAAUCCCAGCUCAUUUGGUUGUUUUUUUUUUCCAAUAUAUUUACAAAUCAUGAACAUGUGAUCAGUUUCUACAUGAAUGACCCUGUAUGAACAGACAAUAAUUCGUUGCACUUGAGAACUUCUUUCUACUGCUGUUGGUUUCCAUUUUCUGCAGUUUUUGAUAACAUCUACAAUGGGAUAUUUGGUGCUAAUUCUGCCCUUCUGUAAUUGAUUAUCUUGCAAAUAAAAACCUGAUUUGAUCAUUUUUUUUCCUACAAUCUUAAAAUAUUGAUCUCUCAUCAGUGUGCAUUGUUUUAUUGUACUUUUUUCUCAGAUGAGUCUUACUCUCUGAAUUAGUCUGUGAUUGCAUUGCUUCAAAUAAUAAAUCA